UGGGAGCUGUAGUCCCCACACUGCGGCCACCGCCUGCUCCAGCCAUGCAAGCGCCCGCGGCGGCGGAGCGCAACAAGGGCCCGAUCCUGGCCGUGCUGCGGGAGUACGCGGGCUCCGGCGCCCACGCGGGACCCGGCGCCGUACGGGUGCUGGAGGUGGGAGCAGGCGCGGGGCUGCACGCCGCGCACUUCGCCCGGGCGCUGCCGCAGACCCUCUGGCAGCCCUCCGACAUCGACCCCCAGGCGCUGCGCAGCAUUGCUGCCUACGCAGAAGCCACGCAGGUGCCCAACAUGCUGCCCCCCAUCCUGCUGGACGUCUCGCAGGGCUGGGAGACAUGGGGGGGCACCCAACCCGCCACCCUCGACCUCCUCGUCAGCAUCAACAUGAUGCACAUCGCGGAGCUGCGGUGCACCGAGGGCCUGUUCAAGGGUGCUGGGGUGCUGCUGAAGCCCGGUGGCGUGCUCUUCACCUAUGGGCUCCAGCUUCGUGUCCCGGCAGCCCUACGCCGUGGACGGCCAGAUCAGCCCCCAGAGCAACGUGGACUUCGACCGCAGCCUGAGACAGCGCAACCCUGCCUGGGGCCUUCGGGACACGGCGCUGCUGCAGCAGCUGGCCGAGGCCAACGGGCUGCACCUGGAGAGGAUGGUGGACAUGCCAGCCAACAACAAGAGUCUUAUCUUCCGCAAGCAGUAACCUGCCCCAGCAGCACCUCCCAUCAUCAGCCAGCACCACCCAUCAUCAACCAGCACCGCCCGGCAUCAACCAGCACCGCUCAGCAUCAACCAGCACCCCCCAGCAUCAACCAGCAUCUCCCAGCAUCAACCAGCACCCCCCGGCAUCAAACAGCAUCUCCCAGCAUCAACCAGCACAGCUGCCCCCCCUUCACUGAUGCCUCCUUGAGGGGUCACACUGUCCUCAUCCCAGUGCCAGCCAGGGCUGGGGACAGCAGCGAUGGGACAGUGCUCCACUCACCCCACCUGGGGCUGGGCUGGGCUGGUGGGCUGGUGUGUGGGGGUCUGUCUCCACUGGCCCCUUUGGGGCUCCCUUUGCAAUGGGGUGCCCCAACCUGGCCCAGGGAAGCUGCUGCAGCUGCUACAGGGGGCACAGGCAGGGGGGACAGCACGCCUGGGCAGGGGAGAGACUUCUUGCUUGGUGCCAGUUUCUCCAGAGGAUGCUGUGGUGAUGGCUGAGGGACCCAUCCCUCUUCCCCCUGCCCCCGAACUGUGCUGCUGCUCCCCCCAAUAAACUUUGGGACUUUGCCCCCCGA